UACGUAAUGAAGAAGGUCUCUUACGUUGGUCUCCGAAAGGAUUUCCAUGAGAAGGCCAGGUGUCCCAAGGCCAGUUUCGUAAUUACGAUGCAGAUCCCCUUCGCUCUCCUCUCGUUUCCUCUCUCCCCCCUCGAUUUUUGAGGGAUUUUCUGCAUCUAAAUUCGCCUCGGAUCGUUGGAAUUCGCCGUCGUUUCAUCGAUCGGAUUCUUAGAUCUUGUUCUUUAUCGUUUCCUUCUUCUCCCUUUCUGUUUUCCCCCAAUUUGUUCGCCCCGACGGUUCUUGAAUUGACCGGAGAUUGUUGAGAGGCGAAGAGUUACGGGAUUUUGCUCUUCUUUUGGCUUUAAUUGGGACAUGGAGCCGAUGGACAUCGUCGGGAAAUCAAAGGAGGACGUCUCCCUUCCAAAAGCAACUAUGUUCAAGAUUAUUAAGGAAAUGUUGCCGCCUGAUGUCCGUGUUGCUAGAGAUGCUCAAGAUCUUCUUGUUGAAUGCUGUGUUGAGUUCAUCAACCUUGUUUCUUCAGAGUCGAAUGAAGUAUGUAGUCGGGAGGAAAAGAGAACAAUUGCACCUGAGCAUGUUCUUAAGGCUUUGGAGGUUCUCGGUUUUGGGGAGUACGUAGAAGAGGUUUAUGCUGCGUAUAAACAACAUAAGCUCGAUACUCUGGACUCGCCAAAAGGUGGUAAGAGCAGUUUGGAGAUGACGGAGGAGGAAGCACUGGCAGAGCAGCAGAGGAUGUUUGCUGAGGCCCGAGCAAGAAUGAACAAUGGAAUGGCUCUACAGAAGCAAUCAGACUCUGAUCACGGUUUAAAUAGCUAAUGUGGAAGCCUGAGAUUAUAUGAUUGUGCAGACAUUCUUGGAUAGACCUUGCACUAUCUUCAGGCCACGGAGUCUUGCAGAAUUGUUCUGUGUAUCUAGUUUGAAUUAUGUCAAUGGUAUCAAUUUGUAUCAGUACCUUUGGUUAAAACCAAAAUAUAGCUAAUUUCUUUUUGUUGCCAAAUCA